AUGGAUUCGAAAAAGGAUGCUGCCGUCGUCGACGAGCAGCUGGCGCCGCCCUCACCCUCGUCCUCUACCGUCAGCACAUCGCACCCCGCCGCCACCACCACCGCGCUGCCUCUGGACCGCAGAACCAUCGAGCGCCGAAUCCUGCGCAAGCUCGACUUCCAGGUCAUCCCGCUGCUCUUCUUCCUCUUCCUCAUCUCCUUCAUCGACCGCAGCAACAUCGGCAACGCAAAGAUCCAGGGUCUCGACAAGUCGCUCCGCCUCCAUGGCAACCAGUACAACAUGGCCGUCAUGGUCUUCACCCUCGCCUACGUCAUCUUCGGCGUCCCCGCCAAUCUGGUCUUCAAGAAGACGGGCCCCAAGUCCCUGAGCGUCAUGAUUUGCCUUUGGGGUUUGACCGUUGUCGGCCAGGGCUUGACCCAGAGCUAUGCUGGCUUGGUCGCCUGUCGUUUCCUUGAGGGUAUCUGCGAGGCGGGCUUUGUCCCCGGGUGCGCCUAUUUGAUUGGCUCGUAUUACAAGAGAGACGAGUUCCUGAAGCGGUACACCGUCUUCUUCAGCGCGGCCAUCAUCAGCGGCGCCUUUAAUGGGCUGCUUGCGAGCCUCAUCGCCAAGAUGGACGGCAUUGGUGGAUAUGAAGGCUGGAGAUGGAUCUUCAUCAUCGAAGGCCUCUUCACCGUCGUUGCCAGCUUUUUCUCCAUCUUCAUGAUUGUCCCCUUCCCCGAACAGAGCACGUUGUUCACGCCCGAGGAAAAGGCCGUGCUCCUGGCUCGCAUUAGAGAGGAUGGCGCCCACGUCGCGCACGAUGUCAUGACGCCGAAGCGGGCCAUCAAAUACCUGCUUGACUGGAAGAUCUGGUUAGCCGUCAUCGCCUACAUGGGCGCCGAAGAGAAUGCCGCCUCCGUCAUCUCGUUCCAGCCCUCGGUGCUGCACGGGCUCGGCUACACGGCCACCCAAGCCCAAGUCCACAGCAUCCCCAUCUACGCCGCCUCGUUCGUCUUCUCCCUCGCCUGCGCGUACGUCAGCGAGCGCCUGCGCCAGCGCUACCUCUUCGGGCUGCUGGGCACCGUCGUCAGCAUCGUCGGCCUCGCUAUCGAGAUCGCCCAGCCCCGCAACGCCGACCCUAAUCUCCGCUACAUGGGCAUGUUCUUCGUGACCGCGGGCCCGUACCUGACCAUGCCCAUCACCGUCGUCUGGCUCGCCAUCAACGUCGGUAAGGGCUACAAGCGCACCGUCGCGUUUGCGUGCGUCAUCGCCCUCGGCAACUGCGGCGCCUUUGUCGCGGCAAACGUCUUCAUCACCCGCGAGGAGCCCCGCUAUCGCACCGGCUUCAGCACGAACUUGGGGUUUGUGUGCCUCUCGGCUGUCGCGCAGACGGCUAUGUAUGUGGGCCUGAAGUGGGAGAAUGCGCGCAGGGACCGCCGCAGGAAGGAGUUGCCGGCCGUGCUGGACGAGAAGGCCUUUGAGGAUCUGGGCGACAUGCAUCCGGAUUUUAGGUACCAGCUGUGA